GUAGCCAAAGUAGGCUUUUGUUAGUUCUCUCACCGUCUUGCGGUUCCCGGUCCUUCCCCCUAAAAACUUCACUUUGUGCCUUUCUUUUUCUCUCAAAUACAUCAGUGAGCAGGGAUGCAGCAAACCCCCAUGAUUCCGGUCAUGCCUUCAUUUCCCCCUACCAAUAUCACCACUGAACAGAUUCAAAAGUACCUUGAUGAGAAUAAGAAACUGAUUUUGGCAAUUUUGGACAAUCAAAAUCUUGGAAAACUUGCUGAAUGUGCCCAGUACCAGGCUCAACUGCAAAAGAAUUUGAUGUAUUUGGCUGCAAUAGCAGAUGCUCAACCACAGACGCCCACAAUGCCUCCACAGAUGGCUGCCCAUCCUGCCAUGCAACAAGGAGGAUUCUACAUGCAGCACCCUCAAGCUGGUGCCAUGGCUCAGCAACCGGGUGUAUUUCCUGCAAAGAUGCCUUUGCAGUACAAUAAUCCACAUCAACUGCAGGACCACCACCAGCAGCAACUACACCAACAGCAUCAGCAGGGUAUACAAGGGCAAGUCAGUGUUCGACCUGGAGGGCCCAAUAAUGGCAUGCAUCCGAUGCACAGCGAGGCAGCCCUAGGAGGGGGUGGACCUCCUGCAUCUUCUGGCCCAAGUGAUAGAAAUAAACAGGAUGCAUCCGAGGCAGGGCCCUCAGGAGCUGAUGGCCAGGGGAACUCAGCCACUGGACGUGGCGGCAGUGGAGAAGGUUCAGAGGAAGCCAAGUAAUGGGGCCU